AUGGUUGGUUUUCAGUAUUGCAGGCGAGUGGUUAUUGUUGAUGGGACUCAUUUGACGGGGAAGUAUGGUGGUACACUUCUUGUCGCAGCCGGGCAGGAUGGUAAUUUUCAAGUCUUCCCUUUGGCUUUUGCUGUUGUAGAUGCCGAGAAUAAUGAGUCUUGGGGGUGGUUUAUGAAUAACCUGAAGGCUUUCUUCACUCAGGACUUCCCACUUGUCAUUGUCUCUGACAGACACCCAGCUAUCGCAAACGCAAUUGAAACUGUCUUCCCAUGGGCAACAAGAGGGAUUUGCUAUUACCAUAUGCAGAAUAACAUCAUCGGAACUUACCAUGCAAAGGAUAUCAUGUAUAUGGUGAAAGGUGCGGCAUAUGCGCACAACCUUGAUACAUACAACUGGUAUAUGGACCAAAUCAGAGCUGCAAAACCCGCUCUUGCAACAUACUUGGAGACAACCAACCCGGCCUUAUGGUCUCGAGCGCAUUGCCCAGGGGAAAGAUUCAACAUAAAGACUAGCAAUAUAGCGGAGUCAAUCAACUCUACUGUCAAGAAAGCGAAGGGAUAUCCAUUACCUUCUCUCUUAGAGUUUAUCAGAGAAAAGCUGAGCCACUGGUUCAUCAAGAGGCGUGAAAAUGCUCUAACUCUCACCACACUCCACAACAAAGGAGUUGAGUACUUGUUGGCCGUGCGCGAGCACUAUGCCGGUUUUAUGGACGUGGAGCGCAUAGACGAUUGGCAGUUUAGUGUCAAGUCUAGAGCAGGCUUGUACAAUGUAGAUUUGGAACUCCGAACAUGCUCUUGUGGGGUGUUUGAAGUUGAGAAGAUACCUUGCUCACACACCAUUGCUGCAAUUAACGACGCGCGCUUACUUGUCUCUUCAUACGUGUGUCCAGCGUACAAUAAAAACACUGUACACGCUACCUAUGCGCAUCCGCUCUAUCCUUCAGCAUCAAACUUUUCAUUCGUUAAAAAGGAACCUUGCCGUCCCCCGGAGCCUGCACCGGUCCCUGAUAGGAAAAAGAAAUCAAGGUGGCAAACUUGGUUAGAGUUGGCACGGAAGAGGAACAACAAACCGAGAAAGAUGCCAAAGAAGUACACGUGUUCCAAGUGCAAAUUACCAGGUCAUACACGGCCAAAAUGUGUAAGUAUUUUCUAA